UACAAUAUCAUCUUGUGUACCACUAUGCAAUAUUCAAUACGUAUAUUCAUAUUUCAAGUUGUGUUCGGUUCCAUCCCGACCUUCAGUCUUCAUCGUUGUUAUUGUUUUGGAUCGGCCAGUUGUCGAAGGGACGUAUAAUAAUUAUUGUUCAGAGUUUACAAAAUAACUAUAUUCUUUAAUAACUAUGGUACCUACUUACAUUUAAUUGAAGCCGGCUAAAAAGURUUCAAUACAGGAGCAAACUACAGACCAAUUCAUCUAGAAUCUUACUUGCAGCUCAAUUCUACUACCAUCCAUUGGAGAUUUUUAAUCAGGUACCUACCAGCUAAAUCUCCACAAUCAUGUCAAACAACGUGGGAACAACUAAGGAUAAGCUGUUUGUAAAAAAGCGUGAUGGCCGAAUGGAAGAAGUAAUGAUGGACAAGAUCACAAUGCGAAUUGAACAAUUAUGCGAUGGGCUCAAUAUGGACUUCAUUGAUCCGUUCUGCCUGGCAUUUCAAGACAUUCAGUAGAAAAGUUUUACAUAGUUAACUAACUAUGUAUUGUUCCAAAGUCAGGUUAAUAUUUUUUGUUAUUUUAUUAAAAUAG